AUGUUAUAAACAAUAUAAGCUAUAUUCGGACUCUUUGUGUUGCUAAAGAUUUUCUAUUAUUUUAUAAUGCUUUUUUUAAAGUGCUUUGGUAUAGUAAAAUGGGAAGAUGAGACACCACAAGAAUAAAGUUAGUUAUAACAAUAGGAAGCAUAAAAUACAUUAAUAGCUCAAAAUUAGUAAUAAGAGAUUUAAGGGAAGAAAGAGAAUGAAAAAACAAAGAAGAAUAAAUCAAGUAAACAAAAAAAGUAGGAAAAGGCACAAAAAAAUAAGUAGGAAAAAAAGGAUGAGGGAAUAAAGAAAAAAUAAGAUGAAUAAUAAUAAAUGGUUAGUUAAAAAUAAAUUGUUACUUAAUAAUAAAUAGAGUUUCACAGAUUGGAAAUGCAACGAUUGUAGGAUUUAAAAAGAAUAGAGGAAACCUUACGUCAAGAAUAAAAAAAGGAAAUUGAAAGAUAAGUUUAAUUAAAACUUGAAGAAUUGACUAAUAAGUUGUAAAAUAAGUAGCCAGCAAAAAAGCAAUAAUAAAAAAAAAGUAAAAGAUGAG